AUGGCGUCAGCGCCAGUACUGGUUAUCUCGGACGACUCCAAGCCGUAUUACUUUGUGUGCGAUGCAAGUGAUUAUGCUAUUGGUUUCGCUCUCAUGCAGAUUAAUCAUGAGGGCCGUGAAAGAGUCGUAAAUUACCAGUCGCGACAGAUGGGGCCGGCGGAGAUGGACUAUCCGAUCCACGACAAGGAACUGCUAGCGAUGCGCUAUGCACUAAUUAAGUUUCGAGAACACCUACUGGGCGAACGCACGUUCGCCCUGUAUGCUGAUCAUGCAUAG